CGUAUUUGCUUACAUUUGUUGCGUGUCUUGUCUUGUCUAAUUUUUGUCAACUGGACAUUAGAAAUGGGCAGCCCUCUUCACGGGCGAUUUUAGCCCUUUCAACCAUAUAAUUCGAAGAGAGCUGGCCGAGCUAAAUAUAUAUUGUCACGAAGUGCUGGAGAUUUGAUGGCAGGCUCAGUUCAUUAAUGGAGGAGCCUCUGUAAGGAAUUUAUGCAAUUCACACACCUUCCUUCUAACUCAAACCCCAUUAUGGAUUGUUUAGGUGGUAAGAAAAAGAGCAAGAAGUGUGAGAAAGGUCUUAGAGGGCUCACAGAGAAGGUAUGGCUUUUCCAAGAAGAGAUCCAAGCUAUAAUGUACGAGAGAGAGAAAGAGGCUAGAGCUUAUGAGAGAGACAUGAUAGUUUUUGCAUUUAAAAGAGCAGAAUGGAAGCAAGAGAGAAAGAAGCUUAAGGAGGAAGUAAAGAGAUUGAGAAAGGUAGUGGAAGAGAAAGAUGACAGGAUUAGAGUAUUGGAAGAAAGGUCGAUAGGAAGAGAAAGUGAAAAAAGGGAGGAGUUCUUGGGGACUACUAGCUUCCUUGUGGAGCAAAUGAGGGAGGAGUUCUUGGGGACUACUAGCUUCCUUGUGGAGCAAAUGAGGGAGGAGAGAGUGUGGCGCGACGAGGCUGUGGAUAAGUGGAAGAAGCUAUAUCUUGCCAUUAAGGCCGAGCUUGAUGAUCUCAUUCAGAAGACUCACCAUGUUUUAUCAUUCAGUGCCGCGCAAACCUCAAUGUCUAGCGCAUGGCACAUGCUACCAGAAUUGGCAUGCUCCACAACUUCCUUUUGUCAAACAUCCUAAAAAGUUGAUUGAAGUUGUCCAAGAACGGGUCCCAAUAAUACAUUUUUGCUUCUCCUGAAGAUAAUGUGUUACUGUACAUGAGUUAGUGAUCAGUGGCCAACAUCUCUUCUCAUCCCAAGUCGCUUACUGUUUUACCACAUCAAUCCUUUGUGAUAACAUUUAUGGGGCUUUUCUUUUUCAAAAAAGAAGUUGAGCAUUUCUUGUUGCCAUCACUUGAUACAAAAUAAAAAUAUGUGGGCACAAAAUGCAAGAUUACAGAGCAUCAGAGUCAUAUUAAAUCACUUUUAUUAAAUGAUAUGGCCUUGAGUAUCUAUUUUAACCACUACUUUUCCUUCGGUCAAUUGGUAUACCAGUUAUGCUGAUACACUGAUUAAGAAACUAUGACAGUGCAAAAAAUAAUCAAUGAAUGACAGUUUUGUAUGCUUGCAACUCGGUUGUGCAGGAGAUGGCUUGUACUGGAGAGCAGAGGAAGAAGAAAUGAUUGAGGAGCUGAAGAUGGAAGUGAAGGCCAAGGAAG